UGUCGGCGGAGAUGUUGAUAAUGAGAAACGAGUGGAGAGUAAGAUGCAGAGCAAAAGUGUUCUACAGCGAUAGCUAGGCAGGAGAGAGAGAGAGAAAGAGAGGAAGUGAGUACGGUGGGGGACCAAAGAGGAUUGUGCUGUUCCUUCUCAGAGAUGCUUCAACCAUUGCAUUUGUUUAUUUUUCUGAGCUAAACCUCACACCUACCGGCCCUUUUUUAAAUACAUUGCCUUAGUUUUUUCUCCUUUUUAUGUGUAUGAGUUUCUAUUUUCUUUUAGAGGUUGGAUUUUUUUAUUUAUUUUUACUGAAAGUAGAGAUUUUUUCUUUGGUUCCUUCUUUUACUUCCGUCUCCCCAUUACUUUUCUUUUUUGCUGUUUGAAAGCUGGAUGUGGUGGGAAGCAAGGAAUAAUAGGAAAGGGAGAGAGAAAGAAAGGAGGGAAGGGCUACCUCUCAUCCCCAAAGUGCUUCCCCCACCCAAGCUCUACGCAUUCUCCGAUUGUUGAACUCUAAGCUUUGAUCCACUUCCGCCAUUGAUCACCCAAAAAGGAAUCACUUUUCUUCUCGAAAUUUUCGAAGGCGGAUUUUUCGAGCUGGGUUAGAUCCGGUAACGGAAAAUGGAGGCAAGUGCUGGUCUAGUUGCUGGUUCUCACAAUAGAAACGAGCUUGUCGUUAUCCGACGCGACGGUGAACCAGGACCGAAGCCAUUAGAGCAUCUCAGUGGUCAAAUAUGUCAGAUUUGUGGCGACGAAGUUGGGCUCACCGCCGAUGGAGAGCUCUUCGUCGCCUGCAAUGAGUGUGCUUUCCCCAUUUGCCGCACCUGCUAUGAGUAUGAACGCAGAGAAGGAAGCCAAGUCUGUCCACAAUGCAAAACCAGGUUCAAGCGUCUCAGGGGGUGUGCUCGAGUGGCCGGAGAUGAAGAAGAGGAUGAUGUGGAUGAUCUUGAGAAUGAGUUCAAUUUUGUUGGAAGGGAUAAGAGGGAUGGGCAAUAUCUUGCUGAGUUCAUGAUGCAGGGCCACAUGAGCUAUGGUCGAGGAGGAGAUGUGGAAUCACCUCAAAUAUUUCACGCAAUGCCUCAAGUUCCUUUACUCACCAAUGGCCAAAUGGUUGAUGAUAUCCCACCAGAGCAGCAUGCUCUUGUUCCUUCCUUCAUGGGGGGCGGAGGGAAGAGGAUCCACCCUCUGCCGUUUUCAGAUCCAAGUUUUCCUGUACAACCAAGAUCCAUGGAUCCUUCAAAAGACCUUGCUUCUUAUGGUUAUGGAAGCAUUGCUUGGAAGGAGAGAAUGGAGAAUUGGAAGCAGAAGCAAGAAAAGUUGCAGAUGCAUAUAAAUGAAAACGGUGUUAGGGAUUGGGAUAAUGAUGGUGAUGGGCCCGACUUGCCUUUAAUGGAUGAAGCCCGACAGCCGCUAUCAAGAAAGCUUCCCAUACCUUCUAGCCAAAUUAAUCCAUACAGAAUGAUUAUCAUAAUUCGGCUAGUUAUUGUUGGAUUUUUCUUUCAUUACCGGGUCACACAUCCUGUGCCUGAUGCAUAUGCAUUGUGGCUUAUCUCAGUUAUCUGUGAAAUCUGGUUUGCUGUUUCAUGGAUUCUUGAUCAAUUCCCGAAAUGGAUUCCAAUUGAGAGGGAGACUUACCUUGACAGAUUGUCAUUAAGGUAUGACAAAGAAGGUCUACCUUCUCAACUAUCCCCUAUUGACAUAUUUGUCAGUACUGUCGAUCCUAUGAAGGAACCUCCGUUGGUCACAGCAAACACAGUCCUGUCUAUUCUUGCUGUGGAUUACCCAGUUGACAAAGUUUCUUGUUAUGUUUCUGAUGAUGGUGCCGCUAUGCUUACAUUUGAAGCAAUGUCUGAAACAUCGGAAUUUGCAAAAAAAUGGGUUCCAUUCUGCAAGAAAUUUAACAUUGAGCCAAGAGCACCGGAAUGGUAUUUCCAACAAAAGAUAGACUAUUUGAAAGAUAAAGUACUACCAUCAUUUGUAAAAGAGAGAAGAGCAAUGAAGAGAGAAUACGAAGAAUUCAAAGUAGGAAUCAAUGCUUUGGUUGCCAAAGCUCAGAAGGUUCCUGAGGAGGGGUGGACAAUGCAGGAUGGGACUUUAUGGCCUGGAAAUAAUGUUCGAGAUCAUCCUGGAAUGAUUCAGGUCUUUUUGGGCCAAAGUGGUGGACAUGACAUGGAUGGAAAUGAACUACCACGCUUGGUUUAUGUCUCCAGGGAGAAGAGGCCUGGGUUCAAUCACCAUAAAAAGGCCGGUGCCAUGAAUGCUCUGGUUAGGGUAUCAGCUGUACUGACAAAUGCACCCUAUAUGUUGAAUUUGGAUUGUGACCACUACUUCAACAACAGUAAGGCUAUCAAGGAAGCAAUGUGUUUUAUGAUGGAUCCACUGAUUGGAAAGAGAGUGUGCUAUGUACAAUUUCCACAGAGAUUUGAUGGUAUUGAUCGUCAUGAUCGUUAUGCUAACCGGAACAUUGUAUUCUUUGAUAUCAACAUGAAGGGGCUUGAUGGUAUUCAAGGACCAAUUUAUGUUGGAACUGGAUGUGUUUUCCGGAGGCAAGCAUUUUAUGGUUUUGAUGCUCCCAAAGUAAAGAAACCACCCACAAGAACUUGCAACUGCAUGCCCAAGUGGUGCUGCUGCUGUUGCUGCUUUGGGAGGAACAAGAGGAAGAAGAAUUCAAAAACCAAGAAAGAAAAGAAAAUGAAAACUUCAAGGAGGGGAGAGAGUGGUGCACCUGCAUUAGCUUUGGUGGGUAUAGAGGAUGGAAUUGAAGGGAUUGAUAGUAAAAAACCUGCCAUUCUGUCUGAACAAAAGUUAGAAAAGAAGUUCGGCCAAUCACCUGUAUUUGUUGCCUCUACUCUAUUGGAGAAUGGUGGAACACUUAAAAGUGCUUCUCCUGCCUCACUUUUAAAAGAAGCUAUCCAUGUUAUUAGUUGUGGAUAUGAGGACAAAACUGACUGGGGAAAAGAGGUUGGAUGGAUCUACGGUUCUGUCACAGAAGAUAUCUUGACAGGAUUUAAGAUGCACUGUCAUGGCUGGCGCUCAAUCUAUUGCAUACCUCCUAGGCCUGCUUUCAAAGGCUCUGCUCCUCUCAAUCUAUCCGAUCGUCUCCACCAGGUCCUUAGGUGGGCUCUUGGUUCUGUAGAAAUUUUCUUGAGUAGGCAUUGUCCGUUAUGGUAUGGUUAUGGUGGUGGACUGAAGUGGCUCGAACGAUUUUCAUACAUAAAUGCCACGGUUUAUCCUUUUACAUCAAUUCCACUUUUGGCUUAUUGUUCCUUGCCUGCUGUUUGCUUGCUCACUGGAAAAUUUAUCACUCCUGAGCUGAGCAAUGUAGCCAGCUUGUGGUUUAUCUCUCUUUUCAUUAGCAUUUUUGCAACAAGCAUCCUUGAGAUGAGAUGGAGUGGCAUUGGAAUUGAUGACUGGUGGAGAAAUGAGCAGUUCUGGGUCAUUGGUGGUGUUUCUUCUCAUUUAUUUGCAGUGUUUCAGGGUCUUCUUAAGGUUCUGGCUGGCAUAGACACAAACUUUACUGUGACAUCAAAGGCAGGUGAUGACGGGGAGUUUUCGGAGCUCUAUACUUUCAAGUGGACCACACUACUUAUCCCUCCGACGACAUUGCUCGUGAUUAACAUGAUUGGCGUGGUUGCUGGUGUUUCCAAUGCCAUAAACAAUGGAUAUGAAUCUUGGGGGCCUCUUUUUGGCAGGCUUUUCUUUGCAUUUUGGGUGAUUGUGCACUUAUAUCCCUUCCUGAAAGGUUUGGUUGGGAGACAAAAUCGGACUCCAACCAUCAUUAUUGUGUGGUCAAUUCUUCUUGCUUCGAUCUUCUCGCUCUUAUGGGUUCGGAUUGAUCCGUUUCUGCCAAAAUCUGAUGGGCCGGUGCUGGAGGAGUGUGGAUUGGACUGCAACUGAGCAUUGAUAGUCGGCUAUCAAGCUGAGGUACAAUACAAGCUGAUGGGUUUCGUGCACUCCCUUUAAAAAGAGAUGAAUUUAUCUGUUAUGCUGUAGAUAAAAAACACAAGGGAGUGUUGCAAUUUUUGUUAUUUUUCAUUUAAUGGCGAGUCUUGCUCGUUGAUCCGGUCAACUGGAGCAGGAGAUGAGACUCACCCUGUGUAGUUUGUUCAGUGGAGGAUUGGGUGGCAGCUGAGGUGUUUGAUUCUUUAUUAGUUUUGAAGAGGGGUGAUUUAUGAGGGGUCAAUGUUGUUCAUGGACUUUUGCAGUUGAUCAUCUCUGCAUUGAAUUCUUUGAAAUAAUGGCAAGCCCUGCUACUGCCUGUUAUAUAUAUUCACAUGGAGAUAAUGUUGUAGAUCUUACUGUUAUUAAUUGUUUCGGUUCAUCCAUGCUUAUAUUUUUAGCCAUGUCUGCUUCUCUUAGCGAUGCAAAGGCAUUGAACAGUGUAGCCAUGUCAAAAGAAAGUUGGUGAGAGAGCAGUGGCUUUAAAUUGGCGUUUUAGUUGGAGAAGAAAGCUGAAUCAGUUCAAGAUUGUCUCGCUUAAGUAAACCUGCAGUUUUUUUGUGCUUGUUUCACAUAACACCAAUGAUACUGUGUGAUGUUAAUUUUUGUUACAUUCUUGUUAAAUUUUAUUUUACAAGUCUUUUACGA